AAGAAAACGGUCGUACAAAUACAUCGCUUUUGAGGAAGACCCCUCUUCAAACGGUUUCACUGCAUUCGUUAGGGUUUUCAGGAACUGGAUCUCAAUGGCGGAUAAGGAAGUAGUGGUGGUGGCGACAUCGGUUCCGAACUCUGACAAUCUCAAACGGAAGCUUGAGGAUCUGGAACCAGCAGCUCCAGGAGUGUCGGUCUCGAAGGAGGAGCCCAGGCCAGAUUUGGCCGAGAAAACCGACUCGGAGGUGAAGGAGGGCGCACUUGGUGAAAGGGACGCUCAAGAUGAUGGGUCUGAAGUCAAGCGACCUCGUCUUGAGGAGAAAGCCGACGAAAUAAAGAAAGCGGAUGAAAUGGGUGCUGAGAAUGGGAACACAGAGGAUAAGUCAGGGGAGUCCAAAGAGUAUAAUAGUAUACAGUUGGAUAAGAGUCCUGAGGUGGAUAAUGAACGCACAGAAGAGAAGAAAGGGGACGGGUCAAAAGUGGAUGAUACUGGAGAGAAGCCAGCUGGUUUGGACGUUAGUUUACAGUUAGAUAAUAAUAUUUCACAAUUAGAUAAUGGUCCCAUGUUGGAUAAUGAAGCUCCCAAGACUACUAUCGAUAGACAACAGACUCCAAUUGUUGAUGAUUUACAGACGACCAACAUUCAACAAUCCAGUAGUACUGAAAAAGAGUUGCAUAAUACUCCUGAGGUAGAUAAUGAAGCCCCUAAGACUGCUAUCAGUGAACAACUUGCUCGAAUAGAUGAUUUGCAGACGAGCAAUGAUAAAAAAUCCAACAAUAGUGAAAAACUUGAGACUCAUGAUAAUUCAGAAGAGCAAUCCAAAAGUGAAGAUCAGGAGCCCCCUUCUUGUGUUCCUCAACAUGGAGAUGCUCUAAAUGAUCAAGAGAAGAUUCUAGUACUGGAUACCCAAUCAGUGUCACACAAAAUGGAGGUCCCCAACAACAAGGUUGGUGUGCUCAUUGGAAAGUCCGGAGAAACUAUUCGACAUCUGCAAUACAAUUCUGGUGCUAAAAUUCAAAUCACACGUGAUGCUGAUUCUGACCCUCAUUCCAUAACUAGGUCUGUCACGCUAAUUGGAACUACGGAAAGUAUAAGCAAAGCUGAAAAAUUGAUCAAGGAUGUCAUAACUGAGGCUGACGCUGGUGGAUCUCCUUCCCUUGUGGCUAGGGGCUUCAACCCUGUGCAAUCUGUGGUUGGAGAUCAAAUUGAGUUGCAAGUUCCAAUUGAGAAGGUUGGUUUAAUUAUUGGAAGAAAUGGAGAAACUAUCAAGAACCUUCAAAGAAGAUCAGGAGCACGCAUUCAGCUUGUGCAACUCUCAGAAGGAGAACAAGUUAAAGAAAGAACAGUACGAGUGAGUGGUGACAGAAAGCAGAUUGAGAGGGCUAGAGAAAUGAUUCAAGAAGUCAUGGAUCAGAUUUGGAUUUUGCUUUUCACAUCAGGUCAGCAUUGCCUUCUUCGUGUAGCAAUAGUCAACUACUAUUCACUCUCAUCUUCAGAAGAGAGGUAUCAAGCAUUAGCCCACACAAUAUCUGGCUGUGUAUAGUUGCAUGUUAGAGCAUCUCCUGUGUCUACUGGGUUUAGUCAGCAGCAGACAUUCCAUCCACAUGGACCUGUUGCCCCACAGUGGGGACCACCGCCACAUGGUCCUGUACAGAACCCAGGUUACGACUACCGCCAGAGAGGUCCAUACCAAUCUCCCAGUCCGCACCAAUACCCUGCUCCAGCUGCAUAUGGUAAUUAUCCUCCACAGCAAGCUCCUCCCAGAAGUGGGUUUGGUCCAAGUUGGGAUCAAAGGCCACCACCACCAAUGCAGCAGGGUCCACCACCACUUCAGGUGAACUACAACUAUGGGCCAUCCCACCCUACCUAUCAACAGCAGCCACCACCAUCAUAUGCACAGAAUUAUGGGCAUCCUGGUCAUAUGCCACUACCCUCAAAUCAGUAUGCUGCAGGACAAGGGAUGGUGCCUCAGCAAAUUGCUGCAUAUCCUUCUCAAGGCGGUUUAACUGGAGGGCCCGCUACAUCCUAUGGUGGUAUGCAGCAACAGCAGCAGCUACAGGCAUCCCAUGUCCAUCAACAGCAACAGCAGUACAACAACCAGCAGCCAAGGGGUGAAGCCCCUCCUUACAACCAGCAACCUCUCCCCCCUAUGCAGCCAGCCUACAACCAGCAACAAUAUCCUUACCCAUCUACCGGGAUGCCUAUGCAACAAAUGUACCCAGGUCCCGGCCCAGCAUAUGGUCAUACUGCACCUUCCAGUGAUGGUUACAGCCAGCACCCACAACAACAACCAGCAUCAGUAGGCCCCGUCUAUUCACAGCAGCAGCCUAUUGCCUCUGGGAGCUAUGGGCCUGGGCCGCAGCCUCCUACUUAUGGUUCUUACUAUCAUCCUUCACAACCACCAGCUGACAAUAGUGGCAGUAUGGGUUUUGGGUACCAGGCACCCCCACCAGCUGCAGAUCCUUAUGCGCAGUCUGCAGCAGCAACUUACAGUGGUCAGCCAAGUUAUGCUCAACCUCCUCCUACUGCUACUCAAGCUGCCUAUGAUCAAUCAGUUGCUGCUCAGUCGGGUGGUUAUGUAGUUACUCAACCUGCAACACAAGCAGCAGCGACUGGUUACGGGAGUAGUGUGUAGCAGGACAGUUCAAGCCCUUGAUUGCUGACUUUCUGUGACAGAGUGCAUCUUGUUUUUUUGGCAGUGCUGCUGCUGCUGUUUUUUCCCAUCAAUUUACUUUAAUUUUGGUUGAUACAAGUUUCUGUAUAAUCCUUAUCAUGAGGACAAGUUUUGUUUAGACUUGGUUCUUAUUUCACUUAUAUGAAACAGACCUUUUUCACAUAAAAAACACUUGUUGCAUGUCAAAAGAGGCCACUGCUGAGCAAGCCUAUGGGGCGUCCGAACUCCAAUAUUAAAGACUCUCUUAUUCUCUUAGUGUGAAU